AUUGGCUCUGGAACUGAGUAUAGACUGUAUCAUACAUACCCAGCAGCAUUAACUAUGCACACCCUUCUGCUUGUCAUGGUCACAUCUGGACUGGUGUUACUUCUGACAACUCAGGGCCUGACUACAAAUUUUGAACCAGAUGCAGACUUCCUUGAAGAGGCAACUGCUGAUGGUUUUAUAGUCAGCACUAAGGGGCCUACCAAAACUGAGAAACCAGAGGAUAAUUACAAUUCCAUUAUUACCCAUGACUCAACUAACCCAGAAGCAAAUCUAUCCCUGUUUCAGAAAGAUAGUCUGCUAAAAGUAACUACAGUCAAAACCCCAGAGGUUAGUACAAAGCCCACCACUGAAAAUACCAACGAACUUCCGAAGAAUGAGAGUGCUACUGUUUUGAUAACAGGUGGCUCAAGCCAAACCACCACAUUGUCCCCUGUGGAGAAUGAUGAAGGCUCUGGUAUCUUCUCUGUAACGGAUAUUGAAAUGCACACUUCAAUGAUACACACCACCAUAGAAACUGCUGCUGAAGUGGACAUUAGCAGCGAUGGUUCAGGCAUGGUUUUGAAUGAGAAGCCAGAAGAGGAUCUCCCAUUCACCACCACUGUCCGUACACUCGUAUUUCGUUCAUCAGAAGAGAAUGCUGUAUCUGGGAAGGGGCGUAAAGCUCCCACCUCGGAUUGGCUGACAACGAUGUCAACCAUUAUUGAAGAAGAAGCUGAAAUUGCAGUACGCACACACAAUGAAGUAGCAGUGGAAAAACCCACGGAUGAAAGUGGUCCAGAUCCAGCAGAGACAGUGUCUUUUGAGCCCGAAGUUCGCAUUAUGAAUUCUGGACAUGAUCCAAAACCCACUAGGUCUGCAUUUGUCAAAGAGGGCACACCUGGUUGGCUGCUCAUCUUAGCAUUAUGCCUGACCCUUGGAGCUGUUAUCUGUGUGUUCGCUGGGAUCGCCACCAAAGACAUGUGGUAUGGGCCUAGUAGGCAAUGCCUCAAUAUCAACUCCACAGAGUCAAAGAAAGAUGAGCAAUAUGACAAAGCAGCGACUCUCCCCCUGUCAGAGAAGGAAAUGGUGGCACUCAUGAGCUCACAAAAGGAAGAGAGGAAAGAAACAGACUGUACUAUCAUCAGCCUUGAAGAAGUUCCAGAAAAGGAAUAUCUGAUGUAGUACUAGUGGGAAUGAAAAGGAAGUAAGCCCUGACCAUUAAGCAAACAUGAGCUAAAAACCAGAGAUCAAGCUGGAUUUUUUUUUUCUAGCUCAUUCUGCACAGUGUUCAGCCUGAUUUUUAGUGUUAAUCUGCUUCAUGGAUAAAUGCUAAUCACCUUACAGACAAAACAUACUUUAAUUAAAUGCACUUCUCACUGUAUAGCAUUUCAGUUUUCACUUAGAGCUUAAAAAUUUGUUUCUCACUUUCUCCUUUCUUUUUAAUCACAAGCAUGAAGUUGCACCUUUUUAAUUUUACUGGUUUCAAUUUUGAAAGAAAAUUGCUUGUUAAUUAAUUGCAGUGAAUAACUAGAUAAGUGCUAGUUAAAAUGUUACUAAACUAUUAUGAAAUGUUAUUAGACUAUUUCACUAUUAUUAUUUGUAAAUACCCACCUGUAAGUACUGUGUACUAAAAUAUAAUGCGUUCAGAUAAUCAAGCACAGAACAAUGAAAUGCAACUUUUUUUUGACAUGCAUAAAAUAUACCUGUUUGUAUUAGGGAAUUAAAAAUGUGCUUAAUUAGUAAUAAGUUGUAUGGUAUAUGAGGACCACAUACUCUUAUAAGCACAGUAACAUGAGAAAGUCUUUUGUGAGCUCCUUUGGCUGGUACUUAUGUUUACAUGCACAAGGCCCCUAAUUACAGUCUGUCCUAUUCUUUUAAUACACUUCUCAUUAUGGGGACCAGAACAUUUGUUCCCAUUUCAUCUUUCAUGUGUGUGGGGUUGGUGAGGUGGAUAGGACAUUGUCUUGAUGAAGAGAACUAAACAAUUUAUUGAACAAUAUGUAUUUUAGUUUAUUUGAGCCCAAAAUAAAAGACACAUAAAAUAACGAUGUUUCCAUUAUUUACAAUUUAACAUUAGCAUCCAUAGAAAAUAGAGGAAAAUCACAUUCAAA